AUGGGCUCUAUUGUAUAUACUCAUGCACUUUCACCAAUUGCAAGCCAUCUUCUAGUAGCUUGUGCCACACAGCACCCAACUGUGAGACUGGUCGACUUACGUUCUGGGUCCAACACACAUUCCCUUGCAGGCCAUCAGGGGGCGCUGCUGUCGCUGUCAUGGAGUCCAAGAAUCGACUAUAUACUCGCAAGUGGCGGUAUCGAUGGCACAGUCCGGCUCUGGGAUAUUCGCAAAAGCUCGGCCGCACUAGGCAUCCUAGAUAUGGAAGAUUCAAUUGGGAUCACUGGCACGAAUGGCCUCGCUAUGGAUGCUCGAUCCCGUGAUUCUGGUAAGUCCCAUCAGGGUCCGGUCAAUGGAUUGACAUGGACUGGUGAUGGUGAGUACAUAAUAUCAGCUGGGCACGACGAACGAGUUCGGGUCUGGAAUGCGUCGACUGGAGCCAACACGCUGGCUAGUUUCGGCCCUACGUUGAAGAACAGCCAUAUCUCAAACCUACCUCUUCUUACAUCACCAACCACUUCAACAGGUCGAGGCCAGGACAUUCUUUUUUUCCCAAAUGAGAGAGAAUUACUGGUAUUUAACCUUCACCAGGGCAUACUCUUGAAGCGCUCUAGAUUUCCAGCACCCAACAUUUCCACGGUGAGAUCUAGGACAGGUGAAAGGAAUGUCAGAAACCGAAUUACAGGCUUGUUAAUCCGAGGCCAAGCAGACGCUAUCUACUCUUCGCACACUGAUGGGCAAAUUCGUGCCUGGUUACCGCGAACCGCCGAAGAUGAUGCUCUCGAAAGGGAGAAAGAUCAUGCAAAGCGCACCGCUGAUGUCGACGACGAAGAAGGAGCGAGAAAACGCCAGACCUUAGAGACGGUGUAUAGAGAUCUAACAAGAGACAAGAUUACCUUUGGGUAG